CCAUGUAUUAUUUUUGUUGUUGACUGAUUGUCAUUUAGAGUGCUGUUUGUUUGUAUACUGCAACUUUACUUAGACACCCUUUGGCACAGUUCACCUGCCCUCUUCUGUUGGCCUACCUGUUUAUGUAUGCACAAAACACCUACUUUUUUCGUAGCUAGUCUCGGGGUUUUUUUCUAUUCUGUUUGGGGGUUUUUUAAUGAGAGAAGAGUCGACCUUGUUGGUAAGACACCUGUCUACGGUGAGGCAAUAUUGUUAUUUCUGAUGUGUAAUAUUUGAUGAGUGUUGGACGAGAAUGAAGUACUGCUUUCUUAUAAUGUUCAUUGUAUGAAAAGGCUCGUCCAUUGGUAUAAUGCCUUUUUUGAAAAAGAGAUCGAGCCAGUGCAUGCGCCUUGGAGUACAAAAACAGGCAAGUAGUUUGGGUUUAGUUGUUUUCCUGUGUGUUCCUAUAACCGUUGCCACGUGUUGCUUGGUGCAGAACUUCGCCAAAGCCCUCGUGUACGCAGACAGAGCCUCUCUCUUCCUACUGGACACACGCUCCCACGAGCUCUACGCCCGCAUCUUUGACGACGGCUGCUCCCUGGACGAGCACAUCUCCGGCGAGAUCAAGUCUCCCGAGGCUAAACAUAGCAUCUCCGGAAGCGGAAGUGAAGAAGAUGGCGACCAAGACCAGGAGAACUCGGAUUCUGACAAAGAGAAGGACAAGCUGGUGGUGAAGCGAAAAACGAGAUCGGACUGGCAGCAGCAGGAUAUCAGGUUCUCCAUGAACAAGGGCGUGGCAGGCUAUGUGGCCAGUACGGGCAAGAUUCUCAACAUCCGUGACGCGUACAAGGACCAGCGCUUCAACCCCGAGGUAGACAUCCGGACAGGCUACAAGACACAAACCAUCCUGUGCAUGCCUAUCUUCAUCAAGGGAUCCACGUAUAAUUAUAACCAGGCUCGAACCUCAGCUCGGUUCCACGUUGUGUCGUUGAGAAAGCUGUACGAGAAGAUCCGACGGUCGGAGCAGAAGUACAAGGUGGCGUUGGACGUCCUCUCCUACCACAGCCAGGCCACGCCCGACGAAGUGGACAACCUCAGGAGGAAAUCUAUACCCAAAACUAUACCCAAGAUCACACGGAAAGUCCUAGCUGCAGAUCUUCCACGGACAGGCGUCUCAUGGGACUCGGCUACUGAAAUCUGCACUCUGGUGACGCUUAAAGUGCUGCGCAUGCUCUCUCUCUCUCUCUCUCUCUCUCUCUCUCUCUCUCUCUCUCUCUCUCUUUAUGUCUCUCUCUCCUCACCCUGUCUGGACAAGUUUGCUUAUAUGGCUGUGUCCUCCUUGCGUCGUAGUCUCUACUUCUUAGUAAUAAACUCGUUCCUCAUUCUCUUCUUAAUUAGAUCCCAUUCACAUUUUUGCCACCUCUUUCACGUCCGCCCAACACCCACUUCACCUUCCCACCCCCCUCCCCCCUCUCACGGCCGCUUGCACAGUCCUAGCCAAAAAGAGAAAAGGUACGACAUCGACGACCUGACCCGCUUUACGCUGACGGUGAGGAAGAACUACAGGAACGUUCCCUAUCACAACUGGGCCCAUGCCUUCUCCGUGGCCCACUCCAUGUUCACCGUCAUACAGACGGCCAAGCACAAGCUCAAGCCUGUCGAGAGCGUGUCCCUGUUUGUAGCGUGUCUGUGCCAUGAUCUCGACCAUCGAGGGAAGACCAACGCCUUCAUGGUACAGAGCGCUUCCCCUCUGGCAGCCAUCUACACCACCAGCACCAUGGAGCACCAUCACUUCAACCAGACUGUCACCAUUCUACAGGUAACGCGUUCUCUCUUACUCUCUCUCUCUCUCUCUCUCUCUCUCUCUCUCUCUCUCUCUCUCGUGCUGAGCGAGAUCAAACAGAGCAUUCUGGCCACAGACCUGGCGGUGUUCUUCAAGAACAAGGCCACUCUCCAGGGCGUGCUGGACACGAACGGCUUCUCCUGGGACACCAUGCACCACAGAGUGCUCCUUCAGGCUAUCACAAUGACAGCUUGCGACCUGUGCGCCAUGACCAAACCAUGGCAAGUCCAGGAGGAAACGGUCAAGGUCAUCUAUGAAGAGUUUUAUAACCAGGUGACCAACCACUGCAUUCAGACAGGACUGGACUUCUGAUCUGUCGUCAAUUUGGUUUCCGUGACAGGCCUACGCAUCCCCACUUGACUCUUUUCUUCCAUUACGUCACUUUUUUGUUCUUUAUCACAAAGCAAUGUGGUCUCUCUGGUGUGUUGGUAUUGGUUGGUGGCUUGCUUUCUACUCGUUUUUGAAGCUUUUUUUCCUCCCUUUUUUUAAGCGUGAGUUUUGACCUCUAUCCUGGCACAUGCUCGUUAAGGUUUUUUUACCCUCAUUUUACCCUCCCCUUUUUUCUUUAGAUCUGGCAAAG